AUGCCAUGGUUCGGCAUGGACAUCGGAGGAACCCUUGCAAAACUCGUUUAUUUCGAGCCAAAGGACAUAACCCCCGAUGAAGCGGAUUCCGAAGUGGAAUCUUUGAAAAGCAUUCGAAGAUACCUGACGAAAAAUUCAGCCUACGGUAAAACGGGUCACAGGGAUACCCAUUUGCAAAUGGAUAAUGUGAUCAUAAGAGGAAGGAGAGGAACGAUGCAUUUCAUACGGUUUCCGACUUCCGAAAUGGGUAAUUUUUUGGCUUUGGCCAAAUCUAAGGGAAUGGCAAAUUUGGUAACGACAGUGAGUGCGACCGGUGGUGGAGCAUACAAGUUUGAAGAAAGUUUUAGAAAGGAAGUUAAUAUGGAGUUAGCAAAAUUUGACGAAUUGGAUUCGUUAAUAAAAGGAAUAUUGUUUGUUGAACAAACAAAUCCGAGCGAAUGUUACUAUUGGUCUCAUCCGGCCAUUUCCGAACAAUGUGAAAAAAAAUUAUUUGAUUUUAGUCAACCAUAUCCGUUUUUGCUAGUUAAUAUAGGAUCAGGAGUGAGCAUGUUAACAGUUUACAGUCCAACGGAUUACAAAAGAGUAUCCGGUACGAGUUUGGGUGGUGGAACGUUUUUGGGUUUGUGCUGUCUAUUAACCGGUUGCAAUUCUUUCGAAGAAGCCAUAGACCUUGCUACGCUAGGAGAUCACACUAGAGUCGAUAAAUUGGUUCGUGAUAUUUACGGAGGGGAUUACGAAAGAUUUGGAUUACCGGGAGAUUUAGUUGCUAGCAGUUUUGGGCACAUGAAUUCUAAAGAGAAAAGGAUAAACGUUACGAGAGAGGAUUUGGCGAGAGCAACACUUGUUACAAUAACAAAUAAUAUUGGAUCCAUUGCAAGAAUGUGCGCAGUCAAUGAAAAAAUAGAAAGAGUUGUAUUUGUUGGAAAUUUUCUCAGGGUUAAUCCGAUAUCAAUGAAAUUAUUAGCUUAUGCAAUGGAAUAUUGGUCUAAUAAUACGCUCAAAGCAUUGUUUUUAGAACAUGAGGGAUAUUUCGGUGCCGUUGGAUGCCUUUUAGAAUUCAUAAGUCAAAUAAGUUGA